AUGCCCGCGAAAAUCAAUGCUGAACGUCUUCCAUCCUUCCGGCCUAUGCUCUCCGUUGGGUUGAUGUAUUCCCUUUCUGAGUUUGACGUCGCUCCGUGUGCUCAAAAGUUCAUGCUUACUGACUCCUUUUUGGUCAUUCGUUUCAAUGAGUCAACGUGUUUGGAAGAGUUGACCAAUCCGAUCUAUUCAUUCACUGAAGAAGCUUUCCAUUUCUGUGAUGCAGCUGGGUUGCUUCGACUUGCUUACACAAACCGUCGGCUCCCAGACAUUAUCGCUGAGAUAACUGGUGUGAGGAGUACCGUUAAAGAGCCUCUGAAAGGCAAAAACCACGUCAUGGCGACAAUAAAGAUGGACAGCGGAGAAACUGUUAUACUCAGUCUAUUCGACCCUGGAGCAAUCUCCUUCCACAGAAAGCUUGAAUCCAUGAUUGUUCCUCCAAUGGUGGUUGUUGCCACAAACGUAAACCCACCCGAGAAUUGUUGGAGAGAGAUUCCAGAAGUCGAGCAAUUGACAAUAGCUCAGGCCAAUAGCUUUGCCAUCAUCCAUCCCUCUGAGGAAUUUGAGAUUCUGUGCAUUGGGAGAGUUACUCGGAUCAACUCUGAGAAAGGGUGGUCCUACGUUGCUUGCUCUAAAUGUAGCAGGGAACUCCAGCGCAAUAAUUCUGGUUUUACAUGUGUGCGAUGUGAGAAUACUAACGCUGCUGGUGUUUUACUCUAUCGAGUAGAGCUUUUGGUCGCUGAUAUGACUGCUGAAGGUGUUUUUGUCUGUUUUGACGGUGUCAUGACCAAGAUGCAUAAGCUUGAAGCACAUGAGGCUGGUCAGCUGUUGGUAUACAGUGGUGUGAACCCCGAGGACUCUCCAAUGCCUCUGGUUAUAAGAGGCAUGAAAGGAAAAAUCUACGCUUUCAAUGUUAGGCUGUCUACAAAAAAAUUCACAGCAAACCGUCAGGUCUUCACUAUCACACGCAUACUUGGCGAGCAUGAACGUCUGCCGUCUUUGGACCCCGGCGCCAAUGGAAAAGGUACUUCCGAUGCUACUACCAUCAUUGCAGUUUAUACCGCAAUACUUCCCCAGCCCGAGUCUGGUUGGAGCAGUGUUGAUAGGGGAUUCAUUUCGGAGCCUGCAUUUAUUGGUGAUGUUCCGAUCAACACCGCUGAGACAGCUUCAGAAGUUGCAAAGGGCAAGCCUAUGUCCUUAGAUUAA